GUGGAGAACCUUCGAGACAUUGCAAUGGAGGCAGCUAUUCGAUGCGGAAACGAAAGAGCAUGUCAGAUCUUUGAUGCCGAGCUGGCGCGCAUCGCCGAAGCCGAAGAGGGCGCCCCGAAGGGAGCAGGCAACGCCGCCACCGACAACACCGUCCAUCCGCACAUGAGGGCACACACAGUUUCGCUGGUGGCCUCCGACGAGAUACCGUUUGAUGUCUUUUGGCCGAUGGUGCGCGACGACAUUCUUGGCGCUGUUCGUGAGGCUUGUCCCCGUGGCCACCACUCGGCCGAGAGCGCAAUCCAGGCCGGCGUGCAAGCGAACGGCCUUGGCCCUUUGGCCACGAAGCUCACGCUCGAGGAGGCCGAGAUGCUGGCAGCCCGGGUCGGCCACGUGGUGCAGACCGCAGUGUCCGUGGAUCAGGCUGCAGUACAGGAGUUGAAGAAGGAGCGGGACAAGAAGGAAGGCGACCAC